UUCAAGUCUCCAAACACUCCAAUUUUGUACUUGAGUUUUAAUAAGAUAGAUGAUACAAAAUCAUGGAUCAACAUGGUUACUCGCUAGUGUUAAAAUGCUCUCUUUCGUUAAGACGAAACAAAAGCACGUUGUGGAUCGGACCGAAACAAACACGAGUUGACAUGUGGAGGAGGCAACACAAACUCUAUCCCCAUUUGCCUUGGACGGCGGAGGAGGAGCCGCAAGUGGAUCUAGCCGACACUAAAUGUUUAUGGAGAUGGCUAGAUCAUACGCACCUCUGCUCGCCGUGAUGUGUGUUUCGCUACUGCCACUUGCGGCAAUGGCGGCUGGAACGCCAUUUCAUAUAGAAGGAUGUGUUUACUGCGACACUUGCCGCUUUGGAUUUGAGACAAUCGCCACCAAAUAUAUCACCGGGGCAAAACUGAAAAUAGUGUGCAAAGACAGUGUGACAUUGAAAUCGGAGGUUGUCGGUGAGGCGGUGACAGGACGCCGAGGAAGAUACAGAGUUUCCGUCAAAGGAGACCGGCAGGACCAGCAAUGUCUAGCGGUGCUCGUCAAUAGUCCUAUCUCUAACUGCCAAUUCCCUGAUCCUGGUCGCAACACUGCCACCGUAAUCCUCACACGUUCUAACGGUGCCGCCUCUACUCGCCACUUCGCCAACGCCAUGGGCUUCUUCCGGGACGAACCACUCCGUGGUUGUGCCACUCUCCGCAAACAAUACCUCGCCGAAGGUGAUUAUCGAGCUAUUUGAGUCAUUUGACUCACCUUUAUGCUCAUGCAACAAAAACAAAAUGUUGUUUUUUUGUUUUUUUGCGUAACAUUCUAGUUGAGUCUCUAGACAUAUAUAAGAAAGUAUAUAAAAUAAAUAUGCAAUUUUAACUUUUCUGUUGUGAUGUUAAUGAAGAAGAGAAAUUUAUAAACAACUUCGUCCUUGCCUGAUGUUUGGCAUUAUUCAUACUUCAGUUGUGAUAGACUGAUCUCUA